GCUCCAUUGCGGCCACCCUCUCCUCCGUCCCCGACGACGACGAUGACUGAGGCGGAGGGAGAGUAUGGGCCCCAGUCCCCGCGGGUCGCCGGGAUCCGGAACGACCUGGCUGAGAUCGGGGGCAGGGUGAGGAGCGGCAUCUCGAUGCUGUCCAACGCCAACGCCGUGGCGGAGAUCUCCAAGAUCGCUUCGUCCUUCCUGCCUUUCGUGCCUGAGGAAGAGGAGGAGGAGGUGGAUGCGGUGGGCGUGACGGAGGAGGUGGUGGUGUUCGUCUGGCACAUCUCGACCUCUCCCGAGACGUGGCUCGAUUUCCCCCUCUUCGUCAACGACCGCCACGCCGAUGAUUUUGAACUGUCAGAUACACAAUAUGAACAUGCAUUGGCUAUAGAGCGUAUAGUACCAAGCUUAUCAUAUCUCAGAACCGAACUUUGUCCGACCAAUAUGAGUGAAGCAUGCUUUUGGAAGAUCUAUUUUGUGCUUCUUCACUCAAAGCUCAACAAGCAAGAUGCUGAACUUCUUUCAACGGCACAAAUCCUGGAAGCAAGAGAAGAGUUAUUGCAAAGCUCCCCAAGGAUGAAAAAUGUAGCGCCUGAGGGUCCUAGGGGCUCAUCAGCAAGCAGCAAUGUUCUAUCUACCCAAGCUGAAGAUAGAGAGUUGUCACCCUCAAGCAGCGGGGUACAGUACAGGGUCCUCUACGACUUCAUCAUGGUCUUCAACUCAUAG